GGUUAUGAAGUUUUGUGUCCGUCUCAGUACUGAAUACUUUAAUUAAAUUUGUUAUGUCUCAAUUAAAUCUGAAUAAAAGAUGCUCAAAACUGGGUACAGCGUAUAAAAUCUUAGAUCACCUUAACGUUGUUUAUAACGAGUUUUGGGAUAACUUCGUAUUAUGGAGUAAAUAUCAAAUUUUUAUAUUCAGACCCCACAAUCCUAAGUAUAUUUACAAAAAGGAAUUGAAUAUUCAAAUAAAUCAAGUGAUAUCAUCACAAAAUUACCUGAUAUGUCUAGAUACGACAGGAGACGUCCACGUAGCUAAACUGAAAGAUAAAUCGCCCGGCGUCAUGUACAAACAUUUUAAUGCAAUAGAAAAGAAUGCAAUUUUCAUGACACGAGACCAAAAAUUUAUUUACAUACUUACUAUUAAAAAUGGUACUUGCUCUUUAUUGAUUUAUAUACUAGACGAUUUUUCUAUGAAAAGUAAUUAUCAAAUAAAUGUUAAUGAUAUUGAUCUUAAUGAGAAAUUAAAUUACAGUAGAUGUAAAAUGCAUUGCCACUUAGUGAAUAAUACAGAGAUUUUUGUUUUUAUCACCUUUGAUGGCUUUAUGGUACACUACGCCACCAUUAACCAUUCCGAUAGACUAGACCAUGUUGAGGCUAAAACUAUGUUUAACUGUCCGUCAGAAAUUAAUAACAUUCAUUACACAAAUAACAACAUCUUGAUUAGUAUGAGCAUUGGUACAGUUAUAAGAAUGUAUUGGGACACAAAAAUAUUCAAAGACAAACAUACAAUCCAUCUAAACACCGCUGUACACAGAAUUCAGCCCAUAAAUGAUUCUCUCAUGUACACAGAUGGUCAAACUAUGUGGAGAGUGAACAAUAUAUUCUCGGAGAAUUUAAUAUACAGCCAAUAUUUUGUAAAACUCGUUAAAGAUUUCACAAUAUUCAACAAUGAAGUAAUCUGCACUACUUAUGGAGAACAUUUUUAUACAUUUAGAUUAGAAGACGAGACAGCUUACCAACAGCCAGAUUCAUCCGUAGAAUAUUGUUCGGUAACACAACUACUGCAAGAAAAGGAUUACAUGCAAAAUAUUGUAACAGAAAUAGAGAAAAAUUAUGAAAUAACAAAGAAAAUUAAAUUAGAAGAAAAUUAUAUAACUACUAUAGCACUUUCAAACCGACAAGAUAUUGUGAAUGAUGUUAUAAAUUACGACUUUGAAAUAUACGAAAAAUAUGAGGAUAUUGUUAAGAAAUUUAACAUUACGUUAACCAAUGACAUUCAAGAUUAUUGCGGACUAGACUCACAUUACUUACUCAUAAAGCUGACCGUUACAAACGUACAUCAAAAAUUCAAUGAUGUGUUAUCGAAUAUGUUUGGUAACUUGGAAAUGCAUAUAACACUAUUCUCAAGUAACAAAGUACUAAAGAAUAUCACGCUGAAGAUAUAUGAACAAUUAAAAUGUAUGAAUAUAGCAGUCCCUGUUCAAACGGUUGUGUUGGAAAAUAAAAAACUCACAGUUCUCAUAGAAUUGAUCAUAAAAAUACCCGGCGCUUUAGAAAAAAAACAAUCACUGUGGAUUAAAUUACAUACAAAGGAAGCCAUAUUGAAUGCUGAACAUUUUAUUAAAACAAUUAUUCCCACCAACAAUAUAUGUCAUUUAAAGAAAACACCGGACAUAACGAGUCUGAUAUGUGAAAAUGCAAUCAAACAUCACGGACAUUUAGUUAAAUUAAUAAAUGUCGAUAAUAAGAAUUCAGUGAAAUGGAAAUUUUUCACGAUACUUCCCGAAAAUUAUAAACAAAUAUUAUCAAACGAACAAAGUUAUAAAUGUUUGAAUUCGGUUCAAAGAAAACUGGUGAUGAAGGAACUGUCUUCAGACAGUUUUUUGUCGUCCAGGAAUACUGUUGUGUUGAACGUUGCUAAUGAGAAAGUUGAAAUCGAUAUUAACACGGGAUUUCCAAACGAUUUUUUGCAAAUUACGUCUGUUAAUGUUCAAAUAGCAUCCGAUAUCAGAAUGUUUUUAUCAAAUAUACUAUUUGUGAAGCAGGAGCUUACCAAAGAUUAUGUUAGUGCCACAAUUUUGAAUACUAUGGAGGUAUUGAAACAACAGAUAAACGAUUGCGUCUCAAACUUACAGCCUAUUGAAAAUUUUCUACCGUUACAUGAAAAAUAUCAGAAGAACGUAAUCUGUCGUCUAAACUUGUGAUAUUAAUAUAGUUUUUUUAAACAUU